AUGCAGGUAGACACAAUCAAAGCUGCCCAGGUGCUGUACAGGGAGUAUGAAAUUGUGUAUAAAUAYGUGUACUCCCAGCCUCAUUCGGUGUGUCAGCACUGCACAGGCCCACAAAAAGCAGUGGAAGAGGARUACAUGUGUGUUUGGUCUACCUUGGAUGUGUUUGAUAAGGUGGCUGGGCUGCCUCCUGAAAAUCAGAGCUUUAAGCUUGGGGGAGAAAAGUUCCAUAGGUCACAGCUCUUUGGUUAUGCCAAUGAUGUUCCUAUGCUGUUUGACGAUAAAAGUGGAAUAGGAGGUGAACCGCUACCUGGUCAGUUCGUGAAACCUAUGAACAGUGUGUUUCCUUCAGGACCGGGAAGUCGUGCUCCUGCUUGGAUAGCAUUUGACAAGCAGGCGUUGUGUUUUGAUGCCUAUUUUGAAGAAGAAGUGCCUGACAAAAAUCAAGAGCUGUAUAGAAUCAGACAUUGUAAAAUAUUUUACUACCUUGAAGAUGAUACAAUUCAAGUGAGUGAGCCCCACGUGGAAAAUAGUGGCAUAACUCAAGGACCCAUCGUUCGACGGCAUCAGAUCCCACUUCCACCUCCUAACCAAGAUCAGUUCUAUACUAUGUAUCAUUUCAAUAUCAACACAGAAGUAACCUUUUAUGGCCGAAAAUACAAGAUUAUAGAUUGUGACCUGUAUACAAAAAACUUCCUGAGGAAGAUAGGAAUCAGAGUAAAUCCCCCUGCAAGCCGUCCGGAUGAUCCCUACACCACAAUGCGGGAACAGCGGCGUAAAAUGAGCACAAACCCUUUACGCCCUUAUAUGCGCUUUGACACUUUGAAACAAUUUCUGGAGUUUGAUGGACAAGUUUUAGGGUUUUCUUGUGUGUGGUAUGACUCAGARUCCCAUGUUUAUGGCCCACGAGAACUUAUUCUUCGUUAUUAUUUGUCUGAUGAUACUAUUGAUGUAAGAGAAAUUUUACCAGACAACUCAGGCCGGGAUGUUGUUCCAUAUUUCCUCAAAAGAGCUAAGCUUCCAAAGAAUGCUCCCACUGGUCUGUAUCAUCCAGGCACCAUCACCAAUCAAACUCUUCUCAAUGUGUUGGGAAAGUCAGAAAGAAACAAAGGCUAUUACAUCCGGGAUAUUCUGCAGACAGGAGCAGUGCGUCAGGAAUUUUACAAAGACAGUGAUUUGAGAAUAGGGGCAGUAAUUAAUGUUUGGGGAAGGCAAAUGUUGCUCUGUGAUUGUGAUGAAUUCACUAAAGAACAUUACAGAAAAAAGUUUGGAAUUGAGGAUUUCACCCCAAUUGAGUAUAAGGCUCCACCACCUCCAGAACCAAAAAGAAUAAUUCCUCCUUAUAAUGGAUUUGGUUCUGAAGAAGAUUCUUURUGCUCCUGUAUGAGUGUGGUUGUCAAGCCUCAGCACAAGGAUUACAGACAAUUCCUGAUGAAAGACAGAUAUGGCAUGGAAAGUAACAUACUGCGCUUUGCAGCAAAAUUCAUCACAGACAGUCCUAUCGACAAGGAGCGAAAAUUCAUCAUUUCCUAUUUCCUGUGUGAUGACACCAUUUCCAUUUUUGAAUAUGCAGAGAAUAACUCAGGGAUAGUAGGUGGGAAGUUCCUGGAAAGAGGUCGAAUCAGGAAGCCUGGGCAGGAACUCUUUAAGAGUGAGCCAUCUGAAUACUACAAGGCUCAUGAUCUGUUUAUUGGAGCCAGAGUUUGUUUCCAUGGUCACAACUUUCUUUUGGUGGAUGCUGAUGAAUACACGUUCAACUACAUGGAGAAGAAUGCAAAUGAGUUCCCUAUGUCUAACAUUGAUGUCGUCUUCAACAAACUGAAGAACUUGACUGAAUCUCAUGCCAAGGAAAUCAGAAAGGCAUUUGCUACGUCUGACACUGAGCAUACCAAUGUGGUUGGGUAUGGUGCUUUCAGAAAUUGGAUAGUCAGUAUCGCUAAUGGAGCAUUUUCAGAACAUGAAAUUAUGACCCUUGGCCGUCACUAUGGCUUGAGAGAUGAMAGUCAAACAGACCUGCAGCUCCUCCUUUCACUGGCUCAAGAAAAACUAAAGAAAAAUGCCUUUGAAUAUUUUGAACAACUGAUGUCAGUGUUUAUGUACCACGACCGAGAAAAGUGUGGACGGUUGCCCUAUGAGACGUGCAGGACUAUUUGCAAGUCCUUUCAGAUGCCACUUGAUGAUGUUCUUCUAGAAACUGUACUGGCCAGGUUUGAAGAUAACCAGAACCAAGUAGCCUAUGGAAACUUUGUGCAUGGGCUGAACUGGAGAGAGCACCAAGUCCAUGUUUUCGAGGUGAUGCAGGAGCCACCCAAGAGGGAAGAUAUCUGGAAUCUACUGCCAAGAUCCCCUCCUGUGCUUGGGAUCAAAUACCCUCUUCUUCUGGAUGAUCUGUUUGGAAAGGAAGAAUAAUCCCAUCUGUGCAAGGCACUGAUUUUAGAUUAGUGGUUCAGCUCUGAAGAUUACUUAGAGAGAUACAGAAAACAUUUCUUGUAAAAGAAGAAAAAAUCAGAUGUAGGUUUUAUUGCAUUUAAUUUCUUGUUCCAACAAAGAUGUAUACUUGUAUGUUUUUGGAACUCUUUCUAAAUCAACAACACUCUGUCAUCCUUAUACAAGCAUAAUUAAAACUAUAUCCUCUAAUCUCUGUGACUGGUUGUAUGGAGAAUUUGCAAGUAUUGAGAAAUCUUUGAGCCAAACCAUGCAAAAUCUGACUGACCCUGCUUUGUUCUGCAAAUAAACAUUG